UCAGCUCUUACACCAACAGGCGGAGACAGCAGCAACUCACAAGAACUUUGAAUCCCAGGGAGCAGCAGAAUCCGGGAGAAAUCCUGACAAAUCCCCGACUGCAAGAAAAGAAGAGAUCAGGGGGCGCUGGGACUGUUCUCAGGACUCCUACCCAGACAGGGACUAACAAGAAGCGGAGAGACAGGAGCUGGGGUGACAGGCGCUAAAGAUGAAUCAUCACUAUGGGAUAUUCACACUGGCGCUGCUGGCGUUCCUCUUGGUAAUCACGGUACUUGCGACGGAUACAGUGAAGAAAGACAAGCAAGAGAAGAAGGCUAAGAAGUCAGACUGUGGGGAGUGGCAGUGGAGCGUGUGUGUGGCCACCAGCGGAGACUGUGGAAUCGGGACUCGGGAAGGGACCAGAUCAGGAAAGGAAUGUAAACAGACCAUGAAGACUCAGAAGUGUAAGAUCCCCUGUAACUGGAAGAAGCAGUUUGGAGCUGAGUGCAAGUACCAGUUUCAGGACUGGGGAGAAUGUAAUCCAGUGUCAGGGGUGAAGACGAGGGAUGGCAGCCUGAAGAGGGCCCUGCACAACGCUGAGUGCCAGAAGACGGUGACACUAUCCAAGCCAUGCGGAAAGAUCACCAAACCCAAACCUCAAGAGUCCAAAAAGAAGAAAAAGGAAGAGAAGAAGAAGCAAGAUAAGAUGGUGGACUGAUCGACGACAGCCAAUAUGGAAGCCCAUCAAGAAGAUGACAUCCGGGGGCACCGGUGCCAGACGCAAGAUGGCAUAACAAAUUAUCUACCUUUCUACCUGUAGUAGCGGAAGGGAAGGGGGGCGUGCACUCUGUACUCUGUAGCGUUGUUUUUGGUGGAGGGGGGCAGGAUUUCUUUUUAAACCGUAACACUGUGUUAGGUGACUUGGAAGAACAAAGUAUUUACCUUUCAUUAGACGUGUACAUAGAGGGAGAAAGGAGCCGUAGCAUUUUGUAGUACUAUCUCUCGGGCUUAGGGGGGGCGUAAGUGAGACUUGGGGUGUUUAUAUCUUGUCUAUAUUGUAAUCUUCAUAUGUACUGUAGACCAGACAGGUCACCUGUUAUUCUCCAGCAGUCUUCUUCCUUCAGUCACAUUCCAAUAGAUGUCAAGGUUAAAGUCAUGUGACCACCAUGCAAGAAUUAAGUGAGACAGUCGAAACUCCGAGGGUGCCUGUCAGAUUGGGUCACACCUAAUGGAUUCCUAUUAGUGCACCUAUCUGGGGUCCAGAAUACUUGUCCAUAGGCAUGUAACAUCUAUGAUAUUCUUUCAUUACAUUUUUUUUCCUAAAAAAUUACAAAAAGUUGUUCCAGCACUGAAUUGCUAGAUCAUACAAUUCGGUUUACCUGUGGCUACCAUUAGGGGGAGCUACCUGCGUACAGAAAUCUACAAGCUUCCAUUUGUAGCAAUGAGUUAGAAAAAAACAGACCCCUGUUAUACUAUAAUAUAAAAUGAAUCAGCAUAUAUAUAUAUAUAUAUAUAUAUACAUAUAUACGUGUAUAUAUAUAUACCAAUAUACGAGUGUUUUAAAGGUGAGCCCAUUUGCUGUAGGGCACUACGAUUCUUGUACAUAACCCAGUACGUGCUAAAGGACAAUGAAUGUUCACCUAUAAUUGGCCCCAAUAGUCAGAAUUCCUACAGUUCAUAUUUGAUUCACGUUAUAUGGGGGAUGAAAGUGAGACAGAAGUGACGACAUUGAUGAACUGCUAUAUUGUAACAAUGACAAAGGGUCCUAAUGGUCAAUGUAUAAUCCAAUGGUUUAGCACAAUGACUGAAUUUAAUCGACUAAUCACUAUGUAUGUGUGUUUUAUUACAAGUGGGAAUAUUUGCAAGGAAAUAAACAAUUUAAAGCUA